GGAAGCGGAAGUCGAGGUUGCUGGGGCGGCGGAGCAGCAGCAGCGGUAGCAGCAGCAGCAGCAACGUGAGCGGGAAGAUGCUUCCGCUCUCCUUGCUGAAGACGGCGCAGAACCACCCCAUGCUGGUGGAGCUGAAGAAUGGGGAGACUUACAAUGGUCACCUGGUCAGCUGUGAUAACUGGAUGAACAUCAACCUGCGCGAAGUCAUCUGCACCUCCAGGGAUGGAGACAAGUUCUGGCGGAUGCCCGAGUGCUACAUCCGAGGCAGUACCAUCAAGUACCUUCGCAUCCCCGACGAGAUCAUCGACAUGGUCAAGGAGGAGGUGGUGUCCAAGGGCAGAGGCCGGGGCGGGAUGCAGCAGCAGAAGCAACAGAAGGGGCGCGGAGUCGGUGGCCCCGGGCGGGGUGUGUUUGGUGGCCGUGGACGAGGGGGGAUCCCAGGCAGCGGCCGAGGAGGACAGCAGGAGAAGAAGCCCGGGCGUCAGGCAGCCAAGCAGUGAGGAGCCAAAGAUGGCGCCCGGACUCAAGUGCCACAGCAUGCCAGGAAGGCUGGUCCGCCGUCCCUCUUCACCCCCAAAAGAAACUCUUAGGUCCCUCUGUUUCCACGCACCUCGGGAGAGACGGAAGCAACUGCCUUCAAGUUUUGUCUCUUUUUGCUUUUAAGUACCAUUUAUUAGAAAUGAGUGUUUAAAGGCGUCUCCCCCAAGUGCAUCCACACAGUUUAGCUCUUAACUUGAGAAUCUGGAGAACCUUUUGGAGGGGCAAUUCAGCUUCACCUCUCCCCCCCCCCCCUUUUGGAAUCGUUUCCUUGCCAGGCUUCGGAACGACAGUAAUGGAGAAGACAAGCGAGGCUUUCCACUCAGAGUGUCAGGAUUAAACAAUGUAGCUUUCUUUUUAUUAGGAAAUGGGACUUGUCAAAGGCAGCUUCAGCUCCAGGUUCAGUUUUUUGGGAGUGGGGUUGGAUGAAAAGGUAUCGCCAGGCAAGGGAAUUCUGCUGGUUCCACCUGGGCUUCUAUCACACCUGUGGGACCCACAUCCCUCUUCAGCAGGAGUUUAGUCUCCCAGCCUCCCUCUGCUCCUGUCUCUUGCUCAGCCUUCCCCCCCCCAGCCCAUUGCCCCCCAGAUAUUUCCCAGGGAUGUUUGGCAAGCAGCCAGAGGGUGAAAGAAGCUACACACGGUCUGUGUCUGUUCGUCCCCCGGGAUGUUACCGGACUCUGACUCCCAUCCGCACGGCCGAUAUUCUGGGGUGCUGAUGGGAGCUCAAAUCCAGCAACAUCUGGAGGGAGUCGGGCUAAUCUCUGCUUCCAAAUUCUCCACACACCCAUUUCCCUCCCAGUGGAAUUUGUUGCCUUGGCCUCUGAGCUAAAGCAUCCCGUUCGUGUGACCCUUCUGAGAAUUUCUCGGGAGGCUGCGUGGGCCACCUCCAUGAUAUCACCAGCAGUUGGUCAGAGCCAGAAAAUGAGCUGCAACCAUUCUUUCCUUUCCUUUUCUUUUUUUAAUUAAAAAAAAUGUGCUUUGUAACCCAGUUUUAAGUUUACGAGCAGAAUAAACUUGGAAUCAGC